AUGGAGCAGGCAUGCGUGCUGUGUCGCCGCGCAGAGGCAGCCCCGGACAUCUGCGGGCCAAAAUGGAAUUAUGAAUGGGGCUGUGCCCAUCGCUUUUGCCUGCUUUUUGCCAGUGACCUUCAUCCCCAAGGGACCGAAGAGGAAGAAGAGAUCGGAUUUUCUCUUAUGGAUAUUCUACUGACAGUCUAUCAGGCAGCCCAGAUGUUCCAGGUCUGCUUUGUGUGUGGCGAGAGGGGGGCCACCGUCACCUGCCUGGAGAUGGGCUGCGACCGCAGGUUCCAUCUCCCCUGUGCCGUGGAGGGUGGAUGCAUCACCCGUUACUUCCUGCCGUUCAGUUCCUUCUGCUGGGAGCACCGCCCACAACAGCAAGAGCUGGCGGCUCCAGAGGACACCAACUGCCUCAUCUGCAGGGACCCUGUUGAAGGCAGAACGACCUAUGGGACCAUGGUGUGCCCAGCAUGCAAACAUGCCUGGUUCCACAGGGCGUGCAUCCAGGUAGCAGUCGUUCCCUUGCUCCGGGCACGGCAGGCUCUCAGCAGCACCAGGGCCUCACUCACGCUCUUUCUGUUUCUCCUGCAGGGACAGGCUAUGAGGGCUGGCGCUUUUUGCUUGCGCUGCCCUCUGUGUCAAAAUACGAAACUGUUUCUAACAGAAAUGCUCCUCAUGGGGAUCCAAAUCCCCAUAAGGUUGGUGUCCUCCUGGCCAGCACUGUGCCACGCCUGGACCUGCCCCCGCAGUUGUGGCCCUCUGCUGACCCCCAAGUCUAGGCUACAAGCGGCAUGGGAAGACAACAGUGCAUACGCAGAACUGUACCAGAGGCACAGGAGCUGCGAUGCCAGGGAGUGCCUUUGUCCAGGAGGAAGGGAGGAAGAAGAGCCAGACGGGCCCUGGCAGCUCUUCCUGUGCCACUCCUGCGCUGCUGUGGGCACUCACAGACGCUGCUCCAACCUGGGGAACAGCCAUGAGGCCACAUGGGAGUGUGACGGCUGUGCUGGCCCGAGCAGCUGUAAGUGUCAAAGCACCCGGGUGCUCCGGGGCUGGGGCCAGGGGCCAGGCAAGGCCCAGCAGCGGGUGCCUGGUGUGGGCUUGGCAGAGCCUGUCUGCUCCAGGAGGGCUGGGGCAGCGCUCUGGCCUACCCUGCCCCAGGCCUGGGAGCCAAGCCCUUGA